AUGUCAAAAAAUAAACUAUCUUCACUAUCUCAAUAUGGUACUACCGUCUCCUUAAAUAAUAAAUAUAAAUCAUCAUUAUCCAAAACAAUUACAACUCCAACAAAAUUUAAUUCAAAUAUUGGUUCAAAUGGUAUUGGUAAAAUUUUAUUUAUAUUUUCAAAUUUUAUAAAAUUAGUUCAUUCAAUUCCAAUUUAUGGAAGAAAUGAAGAUAUUGAUGUUGAAAAACAUCAUGAAUUAACUCCUAAAGAAUUUUAUAUCAACUUGUUUAUUUCAAUGUUCUUAGUUUUAGCUGGUGGUGUUUUCGCUGGUUUAACUUUAGGACUUAUGGGACAAGAUGAAGUUUAUUUAAAAGUUAUUGCAACAAGUGGUGAUAAGAAUGAAAGAAAACAUGCAAAAAAUGUUUUAAAAUUGAUUGGUAGAGGUAAACAUUGGGUUUUAGUUACCUUAUUAUUAUCAAAUGUUAUUACAAAUGAAUCAUUACCAAUUGUUUUAGAUCGUUGUCUUGGUGGUGGUUGGCCAGCUGUUGUUACCUCAACUGUUUCUAUAGUUAUAUUUGGAGAAAUUAUUCCUCAAUCUAUUUGUGUUAGAUAUGGUUUACAAGUUGGAUCAUUAUUUGCACCAUUUGUUUUAAUAUUAAUGUAUAUUAUGUAUCCAGUUGCUUAUCCUUGUGCUUUAUUAUUAGAUCAUAUUUUAGGAGAAGAUCAUGGUACAGUUUAUAAAAAAUCAGGUUUAAAAACUUUAGUUACAUUACAUAAAACUAUGGGAGUUGAAAGAUUAAAUCAAGAUGAAGUUACUAUAAUUAGUGCAGUUUUAGAUUUAAAAGAAAAAUCAGUUAGUUCAAUUAUGACACCAAUGGAUAGAGUUUAUACAAUGAGUGCUGAUACUUUAUUAGAUGAAAAAACCGUUGAAGAAAUAUUCAAUGCUGGAUUUUCAAGAAUUCCAAUUCAUUUACCUAAUGAACCAAAUAAUUUCAUUGGUAUGUUAUUAGUUAGAGUAUUAAUUAGUUAUGAUCCUGAAGAUUCAUUACCUGUUGCUUCUUUCCCAUUAGCUACAUUACCAGAAACUGGUACAGAUACUUCAUGUUUGAACAUUUUAAAUUAUUUCCAAGAAGGUAAAUCUCAUAUGAUUAUAGUUAGUGAAACUCCUGGUGAACCAACUGGAGCCAUUGGUGUUUUAACAUUAGAAGAUGUUAUUGAAGAAUUAAUUGGUGAAGAAAUUGUUGAUGAAUCUGAUGUUUAUAUUGAUAUAAAUAAAAAUAUUAAAAGAAAACAACCAGGUCCUUUAUCAAAAAGAAAUUUAACUGCUUAUUUACAUAAUCUAUAUCAACGAGGUGGAGCAACAUCAAAAAGAAAUUCAUUAGAUUCUCAAAUAAAUCCACCAUCUGAUUUAAGAGAAAGAUUAACAAGACAAGGUUCUCAAGCAACUGUAAUUUCAUCAACUCCAAAUACAAGAAGAGAUAAUAAGUCUGAACAUUUGACAGAUCCAUCAACUAGUGUUGAUCAAAAGAAUUCAACCAAUGCUAAUGCAUCAAAAUGGAAAAUUAAAAAUCCAGCAAUGAAUCCUUUAGAAACAAGUAAAAAAUUUGUUACAAUCAAAAGACCAGAUCAAGGUACAAUUGAUUCUGUUGCAAAAGCUGCUUCUCCUGCACCACCAAAUUUAAAUGAACAAGAUCAUGAGCAUCAUGACGUUAGUAAUGAUUCAAAUUUGGUUGGAGUUGUUCAUCCAACAGAAGAAGGUGCAUUAAAUGAAGCAAAAAAGAGAUCAUUAGAUGUAAAAAGAGAUUCCUCACAACCACCAAGACAUAAUAAUACUAAUAAUAAUAAUAGAUUUUUAUUACCGGAUGAAAAAGAAACAGAUGUAUCAGAUCAACCAAAUAAUACUACUACUUCAAAUGGUAAUCAUCACAACAAAGAUUCUAAUAGUGAAGAUAAACAUUAUAAUGAUGGACAUUAUGAUGUUCAAAUAUCAUCAAGAAAUAUACCUAUACAAAAAACAAAUAGAGAUAAUGAAGGUUUAUUAAUUCCAGAACAACAAGAAUCUCGUAGUUAUAGAACAGGAGGUAUAAUUGAAAGUGUUAUAAAUGUAGAUGGUGUUCAUAAAACAAUAAUUGAAAAUGUAAGUGAUAGAGAAGAUCAAGAUGAUGAUUUAAUAUUAGAUGGAUCUAUUUCUACAUCAUCAAAACAUCACAAAAAAAAUAAAAAGAAAAAAAGAUCAUCAAGUACAAGAUCUGAAUCUUUUAAUAUGAAUGAUAAUUUAAAUUUUGAUGAUAAUGAAGAAAAUAAAUCUUUAUUAUCUAAUAAUGGUAGUGGUGAUAAAUCUAAUAGUAGAAAUUCAUCAAUUGGUUCAAAUAGUAGUAGUAAAAAGAAACAUUAA